AUGGCCCAUUCUGUGGAAAGCCACAAACAUUCCAAACCUGGACUUCUACUGAAUCAUUCCAAAUUCUUCGAACUCCACCGAGGGACCCACGCGCAGAGAACAUCUCCUGGGCCACCAGCACCAUGACCCCAGUGAAGAUGCUGCUCCUAGUCGCCCUUCUCCUGGGCGCUUCCCUGCAGGACACCCGAGCAGCCCGAGGGACCAACGUGGGCAGGGAGUGCUGCCUGGAAUACUUCAAAGGGGCCGUCCCUGUCAGUAGGGUGGUAACGUGGUACCGGACCUCAGACGAGUGUCCCAAGAAUGCUGUUGUGUUUGUGACUCUCCAGGGCAGGUACAUCUGCACAAACCCCGAGGACAUCAGGGUGAAGAAGGCAAUCAAACACUUGCGAAAACACAUGAGGUCAAGUGACCCCAGCACCCAGAAGUCCUGAUUUCUCCCUGGACCAUUUGGAAACUUCCCAUAGCCUUGGUGUGGGCUGCCCCAACCCUCAGCUGCCUGAGUCCAGUGGAGGCCCUUCAAGGACAAAGAAGACCCUUAUCCCCUCUUCUGAGCUGGAACCAUGGCAGG